UAUUGUCAUGUACCCAUCGUUUUUAAUACAUCACCUUCCUUUCUUAAAUGCCGACUUACAUCCACUACGACCCACCGAUUGACUCUCUCUCUCAAAUAAUUAUUAGCAAUGGAUGAUGAUGAAGAAGUAGUGAUAAUUGGAGCAGGAAUUUGUGGAUUAGCGACGACCCUUGCUCUUCACAAGAAGGGGAUAAAAUGCUUAGUAAUGGAGAGGGCUGAAAGUCUGAGGAACGUUGCCGGAGCAGCAAUCGGAAUCCGCCCAAACGGAUGGCGAGCUCUUGAUCAACUCGGCAUCGGCGAUAACCUACGUCACACUGCUGUCCGUCUCAAGAGGGCCCGAGAAAUAUCGCUUGAUGGAGGGAAGAAAAAAGAAUUAUCAUUGUAAGUUGAUGUAUAUUUUUGUAUAUGAGAGAAGAUCAUACCGUUUCAAUUGGACUGAAACGUUCAAAUGACAAUAUAAGUUAAAAAUGUGACAAGUUAUUUAAAAUAGAGACGAUUACAGAUUAAUGACAGGUAGACGAGCAACAAGUUACGAGUUAAUCUAUAUAUUUUUUUUUUGUUCAUUGCAAGUUAAUGUAUAUUUUUUUUUAUAGAGAAUUCAGUAAGUACUUGUAUUCUAUCCAUAUAAUUCCCGUAUUGGCCAAUUUAUCCGCUUUGACAGGAAUUGGCAACUUACAUCGCAUUUCUUCUAUAUUUGUCUAAAUAUGACACAAGAUUAAAAAAAAAGUCUUAUUUUUUCUAAAAAUAAUAAUGAACAUCCA